CCACCCAAUCAAAAAGAAAACGGAAACUUCACUUCACUCGCAACGAGUUCUUUGUCUGGCAUCCAAAAAGCCGGCAACAAAACUCAAGUCCAGACCUAUAUCAGUACUGAAAGCACACAGACCGUCCAACAAGUUGGUCUACCCAAUCCAAAGCUCUGUCAAAAACAUAAAAUUUUUCGUCGAUUUCUCCGCGAUAAGUAUCCGAAUAAUCGGCUCAAGACGAUCAAGCCAAAA